AGAAAGACUUGGAGCUGCAUUAGACUGGACAACCAACCAGGCACCACUAGACCCAUGGCGUUCCUCCAGUUUCUGGCACUGCUGCUGUGUGGGUGUGUGGAGGUGGCACUUUCAAACCGGGCUCAGGCGUUGAAUAUCAUGGACCAGGUUCCUGUCAUAGAUGGACACAACGAUCUCCCCUGGCAGCUCCUGGAUUUAUUCAAUAACCAGCUGAGUAAAGUGAACCUGCAUACUCUGAACGAGACCCACACCAACAUUCCCAAACUCCGAGAGGGAAGGGUGGGCGGACAGUUUUGGGCGGCGUACGUCCCCUGUGACACCCAAGGCAAGGAUGCUGUAAAAAGGACGUUGGAGCAGAUAGACAUCGUCCAUCUUAUAUGUCAGAAAUAUCCAGAUGAUUUCUCGUGUGUCGGCAGCACAGCAGGGAUCCUGGAGGCCUUCCAAGCUAAGAAGGUGGCCAGUCUGAUUGGUGUGGAAGGUGGACAUUCAAUUGACAGCAGCCUGGGGGUUCUGCGCACCUUCUACAACCUGGGGGUGCGUUAUAUGACUUUAACGCACAGCUGCAACACACCAUGGGCGGAUAACUGGCUGGUGGAUGUUGGAGAUGAUCCAGCAAAAAGCAAUGGGCUGUCUGACUUUGGAAAGAGUGUAGUGCUGGAGAUGAACCGCCUGGGAAUGAUCAUAGACUUGGCCCACGUGUCGGUGAAGACAAUGAAAGAUGCUCUAGAGGUCUCAAAGGCUCCUCUGAUAUUCAGCCAUUCUUCUGCAUACGACGUGUGCAAGCACAAAAGGAACGUGCCGGACGAUGUACUCAGGAUUGUGAAAGAGAAGAGAGGUUUGGUAAUGGUGAACUUCUACAAUGACUACGUCACGUGUAGGCCAGAUGCCAGUAUAUCAGACGUUGCUGAUCAUUUUGAUUACGUUAAGAAAAUUGCUGGUUAUGAGGCGGUGGGAUUUGGAGGCGAUUAUGAUGGUGUACCCAGAGUUCCUGAGGGCCUGGGCGAUGUAUCCAAAUACCCAGAUCUUGUAGCUGAACUGCUAAGAAGAGGAUGGACUGAGGAAGAACUUAAGGCUGCAUUGGCCAAUAAUCUUUUAAGAGUAUUCCGCGAGGUUGAAGAGACAAGUCUUAGAAUGAAUGCGGAUACCCCUAUAGAUGAACCCAUCGCCUAUAAGGAGAUUAACAGUAGCUGUCACACUCUCUGGGGCUAUAAAAUCCCAGUUGACGAUCCCACUGGCACAGCUAACAAUCAGCUGUUGGGAUAUGGGCUUCUCCUUCUCUGUCUGAUAUGCGCCCUAUCACUGUGA